AUGCACACCACAGAACAUGCCUCCACAGCGACACCCGAAUCCGGUCACUUUGUUCUGUUUCUUACAGCACUGACACCGGUUCUUCUUCGCAGUCGAAUUAUCAGCAUCAUCGGAAGAGUUUUUAACCGUAGUACCCUCACGAUCAACGAUGAGGACAAAAAGCAGCUAAUUGCUUUUAGCACAUCCAAAAAAGGGCGUGGUAUCAGUCGGGGCGUAAAAUUGAUUGCAUAUAGGAUUAAUAGUGGUCAUAAACCACAUAUUACUUUCCCAGAGGGAAAGUAUCAGCCCAUUGGUGGUUGGUCUAAGGUUUUCGAGUCGAUGGUGGGUGUUAUAUGUCGAGAGCAUGCUCGUAUGACUUGUGGGACUUGGUCACGCAUGGAAUCGGCAAAUAAGGCCACGUUUUAUCAUCAUAUUCAAGAAAAUUUUGUGAUUGAUCUUGAAAAUUCUCGCAUUCGAAGUGGACUUGACAAAUGGCUUGCAGCUCGAUUUCAAUCACAUAAAAAUCGCAUGCACAUGCAUUUUAAAUCUUUCAGGGAUGAUAUUGUAGAGAGGGCUAGGAGAAAGCCUUAUAGAAAUGUUCAUCCUGGGAAUUGGCAAGCUAUAUGUGAAAAUUUCAUGACCCCGACAUUCCAGGCUUAG